AAAAAAAAAAAAAAAAAAAAAAACAAAAAAAAAACAAACCAACAAACAAACAAAAAAUAAAACCAGGAGAGGGGGCAGAGGCUCAACCUUUUCAGCCGGCUCAGGACAAACAGGACAAAACAUCUAUAGAUAUUUAUAGAUGUUAAAAACAACCUUGCCCUGAAUAGAGCCUUUCUUAAAAAGAAGGUCCUGGCAAUUCUGUCUUAUUUAAGCAAUUUCCUGAGUCUAAGAAUAGAAAUGAGCUGCCUGGAAGGCACUGCAGGCUGAAAUUUGGAGACAUAGGCUGCUUUAUUUUAUUUUUCCAAGUAUAAAAACCGUCCAUUGGAUACUGGAUUUUUAUGUCGUUCUUUGAAGCAGAGGGAUGUAUGGUUACUUUUAAUUUUACUUCUUUUUUUUCUUCUUCUAAUUUUUAAGAAAAUGUGUUCCAGUUAAAAAGCAAGGAAACCGUUUUACCUGCAUGUGACGAUCCCAGAGGACACCGAUCAAGAAACAGGGGAGUGACUCGGUCUUCUGCACUACUUUACUCCUACCCCAAUUUUUUUAAGGGGAGAGAAGGAUUUCUGCAGUCCAGGAAUCUCUUGCCCCCAAGUUUUGGAAGGGGGGCUGAAGACUUUGUCACCCAUCUUGGGGUGAAUGAAGGGUAUUGGUUUUCUUUCUGCGUUCACUUGGUUUUGCGAAGGUUUCUAAAGAGAAUUUUGCCUUCUUGACUUGCCUGGAACAAGAGGAUGAUUUGGAAGUGGCUGGGCGCUCUGCUGCUUUUCCCCGUGCAGAUGGUUUAUUUGGUGGUGAAAGCUGCCGUGUGCCUGGUGCUGCCGCCCAAGCUCCGAGACCUGUCCAUGGAGAACGUGCUCAUCACCGGCGGGGGCAGAGGCAUCGGUCGCCAUCUGGCCAGGGAGUUCGCCAAACGAGGAGCCAGAAAGAUCAUCCUGUGGGGUCGAACUGAGAAAUGCCUGAAGGAGACCACAGAGGAAAUCAGGAUGAUGGGGACAGAAUGCCAUUAUUUCAUUUGUGAUGUAGGAAAUCGAGAGGAGGUCUAUCGGCAGGCCAAAGCUGUGCGGGAAAAGGUGGGUGAUAUCACUAUCCUGGUGAACAAUGCUGCUGUGGUCCAUGGGAAGAGUCUGAUGGACAGCGAUGAUGAUGCACUGCUCAAAUCACAACACAUAAACACCCUGGGACAGUUCUGGACCACCAAAGCCUUCCUGCCCAGGAUGCUGGAGUUGCAGAAUGGACACAUUGUUUGCCUGAACUCUGUCCUGGCCUUGUCAGCCAUCCCUGGUGCCAUUGACUACUGCACCUCCAAAGCCUCAUCCUUUGCCUUUAUGGAGAGCCUGACCCUGGGGCUGCUGGACUGUCCUGGAGUGAAUGCCACAACAGUCCUGCCCUUCCACACAAGCACAGAGAUGUUUCAGGGCAUGAGAAUCAGGUUCCCUAAUCUUUUUCCUCCUCUCAAGCCAGAGACAGUGGCUAGGAGAACAGUAGAAGCUGUUCAGAUGAAUCAAGCCUUCCUGCUACUUCCAUGGACAAUGCAUGUUCUUGUCAUCCUAAAAAGCAUUCUCCCUCAGGCAGCACUUGAAGAAAUCCACAAGUUUUCUGGGAGCUACACCUGCAUGAACACUUUUAAGGGACGAACAUAAACUUGGUGCUGCAGAGACUGUUCUUCAGCUAAGCCAACACAAGCAUGAAAAUCCUGACAAGACUCUGAAUCAGCAGUCUUGGCUUUUAGCCUGUUCAUGUGACUUGCACUGCUCUGAGGCAACACAUUUCUUGCAGGUCAUAUCCAUAGUAACAUGACCUUUGCACAGGAUUGAAUGACUAGACUAUGGACCCUUGGAAAGAAAAACAAAAAGUGUGAAAUGUUUGUAUGAUGUUUAAUUCUUUAGAGUUCGUUUGUUAAAGCUAAUCAUAGAUUUAAGAUGUAAUUUUUGUUUCUAAAGUGUCUGUGGGCUGUCUCUGCUGAGAGGCAGCACAUUGCAUCCCAUCCCUCAUCCCCUCUCUCCAGAGGAGCAGCAGUUACCAACUGCUACUGGUUUCAUUUCAGCUUUUUGAAUGGGGAACUUAAAAACUCCUUUGAAGAGCUAAGUUAUGGACAUUUAGUGGAAGCUUCCUUCCCUUCCUUCCCUUCCUUCAUUUUACAUCUGCUGAUGAAGCUGUGCUCAGCUCACAUCAGGGAAGGUGCAAACUGUGGAGAGAUGUUUUCUUUGGUAAAGGCCACCCAGGACUUCUGUCUGGAAGGACUAUGCUGUCUGAUUUCACCUGUGAAGGCUGGAGAGGAAUGCUCAGUCAGAAGAGCAGACAGUUUGAAUAAUGGAAGAUUCUGUCACUGAACUCCUAUGUGAAAUUUAAUUGUCUUUCUGAAUAUUUUUGUUCAUUCAUGAUAAAAUAUAUAUAUAUAUUUUUAGCAUUAAUCCCAGAUUGCCACACGUGUAGGCAGCAUCCCACUGGGGAUGAACUAAAUCUAGAACUAAAACUAGAGCCUGCUUGUACAAACAUACACUCACUGACUUAAUCCAUGCAGAGGAAAAUCCAUUGUAUCAGUCUGCAGACUGAAGUAAGUGAAUAAUGCUCUAAAAAUAGAAGAGACAGAACUGUAGUGUGCAUGAAAUGUGAAGUUUGGAAGCACAGUUAGCAAAGACCUGAUUAAAUGCACGAAGAAUUCAACUGGGAAUGUUCCCAUUGUUUUUAGGGACAUUGAAUCAGGUCCUGAUCAGCCAAAAGUGAUAAAUACUGCUUGGACUGAAAUGCCAGAGCAGCUAGACAUUAUUUAUUUUUGUAAUGAUAUAUUCUCUGUGACAGCCUAGUAAGAACAACACUGCAUUCCUAUGCCAGAUGCAGUGUGCAGCACUAGGCAUUGUAAUGUCAUUGAAACAUUGGAACACUGCUAAAAGAGGAAUUAAUAUAAUUGUAAUACAAGGAAAGUAGCAAGCUUAACUGGAGAACACCUGAAAGCAGCACCUCCAGGGAGGCCAGGUGGUUAAAGGAGUGAAUUUAGGGCUUCUGACUUGAAUGUGGGGCUUUUCCAUACCUGUCCUGUGUGACCUGGGGCAAGCUGCAUAAUUUCAAGGUGCACCUUGACCUGCAGAGGAGAUACUUCUAGUGUUUCCCUACCUCAAAAGUUUUAAGUCUAGCUACCUAAAUGUUUGUCAAAAGCUCAGCAAAUUCACAUGGAAAAUGCUAUAGAAAGGAGAAGCAGUAUUCAAGAGGAAAAAAAACCCCAUACACCAAAUUAUACAGCUUCCUAAGGAAAUCUGAGUUACAGCAGAAAAACUGUGAGCUAGAAAUAACCCCCUUGGCUCUGCCAUGUAAAAUGUCGACCAACAAUGUAGGUCCAGCUGAGCCUGGCUGCAAACCAGGAGGUAAAUCUCUUCCUGCACAGCUUAGGGUGAAGAGAUUGCCAAAAGUGCCAUUGAUGCAACCCCUCUGCUGCAUGGAUGUUUUGAGGAACUCUUGUAUCUGGGUCAGUGCUUUCCUUCAGAGUGCAGAAGAUAGAAGCUGUAACACUGUGCCAGCUUUAGAAAGGUUUCUUACAAUGGAGUUUUGUUUUGAAUUCCUAAAUGUCUGAGGCUUUCUGGAGAGAACGAAAAGAAACUUUGAUCUCUGUGAUUUUGAAGCCCACCCUAAUAUAUGCUUUCAGCUUUAUUUUUUUGUAAAUUUUCUCAGAAGAAAACUAGAAAACUAGUUCAAUGAAAACACAAAUUCAAUGAAGGGAGAAUCCUUCCAGGAUCUGCAGUAAUAGUGAAGGUACCAUAUUUAUCAAGAGAUGGGUGGGAGGGGAAGGGAUGAUGAUAUGUACCUCCCCUUAUGCACUCUAAUCCUUUCUGGUUCCUCAUUAAUCACAGCCAAGCAUGCCAGGAUCAUAGAUUUAAGAGCUAACAGGAUUGGUGAAAAAGGGCACCCUGCAGUGCACCCUUAAAUUAAACCUUUAUGCUGAGAUUCUGUUCAUUGAUGACAUCCUAAUGUAAGAAGUGAGGUAAAAACCUAAUACACAUAUUGAAAUUAUCUCCCCACUCACCCCCAAAUCCUGCCCCUUGGCUGAAUCUGCUCUUUUCCUGCACUGCAUAAAAGCUACUCCCUGUCUUCAGAGGUUGUCUCACAUACUCCGUGCUAUUGAUUUCUUUCUAACGAAUAUAAACAAGUCAGAAUGUAGCUGAGACUCUUACCAUCUCCCUCUUCUCACACACACACACAAACCUUGCCUCUCUCUUCCCCUCAGGGUCUCUGAGCAGACAGCAGGUCAAAUAGCAGUCACAGUGGGGGAGAGGUAUGCAGCAAACAGCAGAGAGGAAAACAUUGACUUUGCUUUUCAGAUAGUGAGGAAGAGUUGGGUAAGAGACUUUCUUCUCUCCUGAGUGUUGCAAGACAGAAUGCUCUCCAUCCAGUAAGCUACUUGAAAACUGGAUGGAUGCUUUUGAAAACUUUUUUUUUUUUUACAGAAAGGCUCCUCCGGAAUGCCUGCUGAGGUCUCCUGUCCUUUUCACAUAAGGUUAGUAUUGGGCAAUUUUGAAGAGCUGCAAAUAUGGACAAGCUUUGUUGAAGCCUAAGGCCUUCUCAAAGGCAUUUCCGCCCUUUGACUUAUUUUAAUUUUGGUUUUCCCUGCUCUCUCCACUGCCUCCUGCUUCCCACUGCACAAUUAUUUUUUUUUCUUCUGUUUUCCUAUGUCAUUACUGCACUUUCAGUGCCACCAUCUUGAAGCCAGAUGUCAUACAGAGUCUGGAGUAAAUCUAAAUCGGGGUAUAUAUUUAUUAUUCUGCUGGAGAAAUCUCAGUGAAGCUGUAGAAACAGGUCACAGAAAUUUCAUAUGAAAUUUGCUAAGCUCUUGCAGUUUGAUUUGCUUCAGUCUAUGAAGAAGUAAAAAACCCUUUACUGUAUUUUUGUGCAAGAGGUUGCUUCUGAUUUAAAAUUGGAAUAAUAGAGAAAUUUUUUGCCAUUUUGGGAAAUAUGUUCUCCUGAUAGUAAAAAAAAAAAAUAUUUAAAUGGGAGGAUUUUUCAGUUCCAGGUGUUUUCAGAGGCCAGUGUUUGCACAAAGUAAUUUUCAUAAUUAGGCAGGGCAGGGAGAGAAGGACUCCUUUGUAAGUAAAUCUGAUUCCUUAUGUUCAAUAUCUGAUACUGUCUUUUGGUUUUGAUGAGAAAAAAAAAAAAAUCAUGUUCCCUCUUGCACCCUUGGUGAACUUUAAAAAGGCCCUUCCAGCUGUGGCCCUGCUCAGGAUGAGGAGUGAGGUGUGGAAGUGGGAACUGUACCCUACCUGUGUGGGCACUGUUGUGUUGAGGUUAAAAAGUGACAAAGUCCAACCCUAGGUUUCUUCUAGAACGUCACCGAAAGUGCCUGGGCAAGUGAUUCUGAUGUUUGCAAAGAGAAACUUGUUGUACUUUUAUGUAAUGUGUUAAUUAGUGUGGGUGGAUAUGAUCAGAUCUAGUCUUGCGAGCCUUUCAGACAACUCCCUGAACACUCCCACCUUCAGAUAUUAGCAGAGAGCUCUGCACUUGCCAAAUCUGAAAACACAGCAACAGACUCGGUGCAGGCAGAGCCUAAGUGGGGGCAUUUGUUUCAAAGAGAACACAUCUGUUUUUAGCAGACAUUUCAUUUGGCUCAGUGUUUUCCUCUAGCUGAAAUGCAACUGUUGAGAAAAGAAUACAGGCUGACCUUGGAUCAGCUACUUUGUUUUUAUUUCUUCAUGUGGCUUUAAUAAACUUAAUAUGGGUGACAGCCACUUUUUUGACAGCACUUGCUCAUACUAGGGGUAAAGGAAGAUUAUGUCAAAUGUAAUAUUUUUCCUUUUUCACCAACCAACAGCCCUGAGAAUCAGAAUAUUCUGCACUGCCCCUGGAGCUCUCACCUCCCUGGUGCUGGGAUCCUGCAGCCUUAGUACUGGGUCGAGACUAAGUGAAAGGCAUCGGGUUGAGGCAGCAGGUACAGACACAGGACACAAGUGUUACCAGUACCAGGGAAGGUACCUCCUGCUCCUGGCAUCUUUUCUUGAAACAUAACACCCUCUUCUGCUUCUGCAACAGAUCCCUCAAGCUGACACUUGAGCAGAAACAGGUACUGAUCCAGCCCGUGUGGACUGGUGCAGUGGAAAAGCACAGACCUCUGAUGAGACAAUUUAUAUCUUCACACCUUCCCAAGGAGUCCAAACUUAUUAUUUCUUUAUGCUUGCUCUUGCUAUGGGCAUCGUGACAGUAACGUGGGGGGAAAAAAAAAUCAAGGGGACUGCAUACACUGAUUUUUCUGCAUAAAUCUAGAAAAGAACAGUUCCUCUUUAAGGGAAGAAAGCAUUCCAAUUUGAGCUUGACAGUGGCCCAAGAGAAAAAAAAAAAAAAAAGGAGGACAGAUCUAAUCUUAGGUAGGAUUUGGUGGCCCCAGACACCAUGAAGUUAUUCCUGAACUUACAGAAUAACAGUAGCCUGUGAUUUCCAUCCAAAUACACAGUCUGUAAGAGAUGGGUGGUGUUAUUCCUGCUCAUUUAUGGGUCACCAUGCCCUAAAAUGCAGUCCAUUAACUUUGUAGCUUGCUGGCUCAGAACACCCCACUACACCAGUCACUGCUUGCUUUCUCUGGAGUUUUUUUGAGGAAAGGAAAGCAGCCCAUAUAUGUAAAACCAAGCAAGGGUCAGUUUGACUCACCACUCACUUUUUCCUAGCCAGCUGCAAGAGCCAUCUAUCAUGCCUAGGUAUUACCAGGACAUGUGAUUCUCAUGUUAGUAAUCAUUCUGACCUAGUGCUACUAUAUAGGUGUGGUUCAGUUUUCUGAACCUCAGGCUUUUUUCUGAUGCAAAAGCAUUUUUUUUUUUUUAUUUUCUUUAUCCUAGAGAAUUGUCUCUAUUGUACAGGCUUUCCACAGACAGGCAUCCUAGGUAUAAGAUUUCAUUAAUGAAAUCAUAAUUAAAAGAAUAGAAAAGUGAAAAGCUGCUGUUGGAUAUCUUCUCCAAGUAUCUUCUUCCCCAAGCAAUGAAGAAUAAAUGCAGAUUAUUACUAAGGCAAAGGUUUAAAAAACAUGUUAAUCAAAUUAAAUAUGGCCUUGAAUUUCUUUAGGAGGGAUCUGAUGCUGACAGGAAAACAACUCUUUAUAAAAAGUGUUGAUGUCCUGCAGCAAAAGUUGCUACAUACAUGUUAAAAAUACAAAGAACUCAUGUACAGACAUCUAUUUUUAAUAAUUCAGUAGAAUACUCUGCUUCCAUCAUCGCAGGGUUAUAGCACUGAGCCUUCUGACCUCAUUUUGUUUUGAACAUAGAGUCAAUGCAUCUUCAUUCCACUUCUAAAAGUAGGUUGACCAAUACAGCUCUCCUCUGUUCAAGCAGAUUUCAAAAUUGUAAGUUUUCUUAGGUAAAAACUGUAAUUUUUAAAACUCAGACAAGUAUUCCUCACAGCUCUCAUUCUCCACAGCAUUUCAGAAACCAAUCUUAAUUCUUCCAAACAUUUAAGCCCAGUAUUUAGGAGCAGUGAAACGUGGUCACGUUUCAGGUGUUGCAGUCUGGGAGGCAGCAAUGCAGUUCUCAGGAUUUCCCUUUAAAAACCUCUUCAUCUUAUCAGUCAGAUUUGCCAGUGGCUCUUAAUGGCACACGAUAGAGGAAGUUAUAUUCUAUCUUUCUUUUUCAGUGAACUGAGUUCUUGUAAAUGAACUCUUGGAGAAGACCUUCUUUUGAAGGAGCCACAGGAGCCGUGCUGAGUUUAUUUUAGUUGGGUUUAUAUUAGGUCUGAUUUUUGCUGAUCCCUUCAUUUUUCAUCAUUUUGUCUGUCUCUUCCAAUUGUUCCUGUUGGGGAGGACUGUGUUUUGACAGUUUCAGAGCUAAAAUGCUGUGUAUGCAGAUUAUUCAUCUCGGCGCCUUCCCUUCAGGCAGUCUCUCACCUGUGUGUGCCUGUCCCCACACCUCAAACAUGAACAAACUGCCCUAAAUAUCUUUGAGAUUAGCUUCCUCUAAAGCAUUAAGCAUACCAAAAGCCCAAUAGUUCUUCCUGACAAGUUGGUAACUGCAUAUUCUUUCUAACACCUACAGGAUCUGAAUUUGAGCUAGGAAGCACUGGUCAUGGUUGGCCAGAAAGUCCCCUUAACCAUCCAGGGGGAAUCCUAAGCUAAAAGUCAAGCAAUGAAAGGAAGGUUUGCUGAAACAAUAGAUGCAUGAAAAGUCCAGAGUGCAAAGGUGCAACACUCCCUGCUUUCUGGGACAAAGAAUGGAACUGUAGGUCUAGUGGUGUUUACAGAUCUGUAAAGUAGAAAAUAAACAGCCAGAUGGGCACAGGAACCCUUUCCGCCUGUCUUACUAAUGGAAAAAUGGUGGAAGUUCUGAACUGUAGGGUAUCCAGCACUGCUGCUUGAUUUCUUCUGAUAAUUUCCCAUUCAGGAAUAUUAAAAAAUAUUGUUCUAAUCAUACCUAAAAGUGUCCUUUUGCAGUUUAAUGUAAUGCCAUGUGGGAUAUGCUCCAAGGCUGGCUGGGCCACUGUUACUCUGGUGAUCUUCAUUACAGCUGGCAGAACUCUUUGACAGGGGCAAUCCUUGCUGUAAAAUUAGCCAGGUUUCUUUCACUUGAUUUUUAAAUAGACUUCUUUCAAAAUUUCAUUUAUCGAAUACUUUAUGUACUUCAUGGUUCUCAGGCAAUGAUUUGCUUGCAAGCUGUUCACCACAACUGCCACUUGGAGAGCUUGCCAUUCAUUAAUGUCAGGUUUUCCUGGGGAACUGGCCAUCCAAACCACAUGGUGGCUUUGCUUUCCCCUGCCUGGAUGCCUUCCAAUCCCACAGAAAGCUUUCUAGGGGCUCCAGUAUGUCUGAGGAUGACUGUGAGAUGGCUUCUGGCAACAGCAUUAAUGCAAAUGCAUACUUGAAUGCGUUCUCAUGACAUAUUCCAAUUUUGUGAUCAAAAACGUGCUUAUAGACAUUUUCAAGGGGAAAAAAACUAACUUGGGAUUCUGUCAAAAGUGCAUUUGCCUUAUAGCAGCAAAUAUUCACAGUUCUGCUUUGUUUCUUUCACUGGAUUCACUUCUCUCCUAGCCUCAGAUUAUUGAGGGUAAAAAAAUCAAACUGUGCUGAUUCUGGGAAUAGUUAAUUAAUAUGAAAGUGACCUCCUGUCAUCAGGGCAUGGUGUAUUUCCAUACAAGUGGAAUGGUACUAUGAUUUUUUUGGGAUUUUGAACCCUUAGUUCCUUUAAAAGAAAAAAAAAACAAACCAUAAGUGGAAUAAAACUGUAUUGCCACUUAAAUUUGGAAAGUGAGCAAAUGUAGAAAUGUAGAAAAGGAGCAGAAUGUCUGAAAGCCAUGAGGACACAGGUGCAUCAGCUGAAAGGCUGUGCUUGCUGAUGAGAUAAUGCAAUUCACCUGAUGUUCAUCUUCUCCCAUUUCCCUUGAGUACAGAUCUGAAAAUCCUGUAUCAAAACUGCACACAUAGUAUUUUAACUAUUAACUAUUUUAACCUUUGCAAGCCUUGCACUACCAGAGCACUUCAGUUUCUAUUUUAUACCUAGGGCAAGGGUGAAAAAGAAAACUAGAGUCUUGCCUGGUGUCACAGAAUGAGACAAUAUAUGAAUGCACUGAUAAUAUAACCCUAAAAUAA